ACUUCUCAUUUCUCUUUAAGUUGCAAACACGGUAGCUAAACUCACGGUCUUUAUGGUUUCUUGUUGGGCAUCAGAUGCAUUUCUUCGCCUUACUCGAGCGAGGUGUAAUCUGUCUUGUUCUUCUUGUCUGGAGUGACUAACAUGUUCUGUAGACUAAGCAAAUCCCUUGAUAGACCCGGGUUCAAACGUGUUGAAGUACCUCUAACGUUUGAUACCGAGUUUUUCGACAUAUUAUACGGCGAUGUCGUUAACCUCGAUACUCUUCAAAAUGAGCAACAGAAAGCUGUAGCUAGUAAUAUCAACACAUUGUCUUCUCAACUCGUCCGCCUAGCUCGGCCUUUGCAAGGAAAAUACAAAGACAAGAAAACCGACCUCUACAGGUGGCGGCAACUUUUCGAAAUUUAUCUUCAAGGCUCGGUCUUCUUUUCGACACAUGAGAAAGACCAUGGUUCUCGAGAUAGUGCUACUGCGGCGAAGCAGCUCAACUGGUUUCAAGAUGAAGUGGUGAAGAGAGGGAUCGUAGACACGUUCACGCUACCGGAGAGUCGCCAGGCACUCGUCCAAUUUGUCAACAUUAACAUUGAGUUGUUGCGAAACCUCAAAUUCCAAGAGCUAAACCAAAAGGCUAUCUCCAAGAUCCUCAAAAAAUUUGACAAACGUACUCACCUUGGCGCUUCCCAAACAUUUCCACGGCUCAUCCAAUCGGAUGCUAUCAUGUCAGGAUCGAUGGCCAAGGCAUUGUGUUCUCAGGUCACUCAGGACAUCGUCAAACUAGUCCCUCAGAUUGAGGACUACUCCUGUCCAGUAUGCUGCGACAUUGUCUGGCGACCAGUAAGGAUGAAGUGUGAGCAUCUUUUUUGCAGCUCAUGUGCAGUGAAACUUGAGAAGCAGAAAAAGCGAUGCCCACUUUGUCGAGAGAACGUUCUCGUGAACCUUAUGGAGGAUGAUAUCGACAACGAUAUGUCCAGUUAUCUUGAGCUAUGGUUUCCGAAGGAGGUAAGAGAAAAGCGGAUCGCUAUCGAGACCGAAGCUGGGAGAGAGGCACUAGGAAUACAUUACAAACAUCCUUCGGAAGAGAAGUGUGUAGUGAUGUGAUAGCGAGCUGGAUCCAGAACGGGGGAACUUUUCAUUGUUUUUCGUUUUGAUACCCAGCGUUGAAUCGUCGUUUUCGGACGAGUUGGUAUACCCGGCACAGAGAUACCCAAUUGUACCUUAAUCCAUAAUGUUUAACUCCUCGC